GAUGAGGUUGCUCCCAGUGGACGGCGGAGUGAGGGAGGGAUUCAUUUUCCACUUCCUGCACCACCUCAAGCUAAAGGCCCUCGCUCUCUCCAAAUACGUGGAUGCCGAACCGAAGUCCCACACGGGUGAGCAGAUAGUCGGGGUACUGGCUCUCAGCAGAGGAGGCGUGGCUGACAGAUCUCGAGUGAACCGAGACACCCUCCAGCAGGACCUGUCUCUGGAGAGUGACGGAGACCUCCACGUGGUGCUGGCCUUUGCCGAGAAGAUCAGACCCAACACAUACAUUGACGUACUGGGAGACCCCCAGCUGCACAGCGAGGCUGUCAUUAGAGAGUUUGAGGCCCUCUGACCGUCCAUGACUGUGUUUUCGCACUUUGUUUCUUACUGUGUGUUUGUUUUCCAUUUGUGUGACGUGAUCAUCAUCUCC